AUGAAAACCUGCCUGGAGGAAGGCGACGACUCUCUGACUGAAGGUUAUGUCGGCUCACUGCAUGAAAGCAGGCACGGGAGCUCCGUGCAAAUACGGCGGCGUAAAGCAUCCGGGGACCCUUACUGGGCGUACUCAGGUACAUAUGGUCCUGAGCACUGGGUUACUUCAAGCGUGCAUUGUGCAGGUAACCAGCAGUCUCCAAUAGACAUCGUGGACCACGAGGCAAAAGUUGGAGAUGAGUAUCAAGAAUUACAGCUCGAUGGCUUUGACAACGAGUCUUCUAACAAGACGUGGAUGAAAAACACUGGGAAAACGGUCGCUAUCCUCCUGAAGGAUGAUUAUUUCGUCAGUGGUGCCGGACUGCCAGGCAGAUUCAAAGCAGAAAAAGUGGAGUUUCACUGGGGUCAGAGCAAUGGAUCAGCCGGCUCGGAGCACAGCAUCAAUGGCAAGAGAUUCCCUGUCGAGAUGCAGAUUUACUUCUACAAUCCUGACGACUUUGACAGCUUUGGAGCAGCGAUUUUAGAAAACAGGAUAAUAGGCGCCAUGGCUGUGUUUUUCCAAGUCAGUCAGAGGGACAAUCCGGCACUGGAUCCUAUUAUCCAUGGGUUGAAGGGCGUCGUACAUCAUGAGAAGGAGACCUUUCUGGAUCCCUUUGUGCUGAGAGACCUGCUGCCAGCAUCGCUGGGAAGUUACUACCGCUAUACAGGCUCUCUGACAACUCCUCCGUGUAGUCAGAUUGUGGAGUGGAUAGUUUUUCGCAGACCUGUUCCUAUUUCUUACCAUCAGCUGGAGGCGUUUUAUUCCAUAUUUACCACGGAGCAGCAAGACCACGUCAAAUCCGUGGAGUAUUUGAGGAAUAACUUCCGGCCACAACAAAGUCUGAACGGCAGGGUGGUGUCUAAGUCUGCUGUGAAAGAUGCUUGGAGCCAAGACAUGACAGACAUCUUAGAAAACCCACUCGGCACGGAGGCUUCCAAAGCUUGCAGUACUCCACCUGUCAACAUGAAAGUUCAGCCUGUGAACAAAACCGCCUUGCUAGUGACCUGGAACCAACCUGAGAUUAUCUACCACCCUCCCAUUGUGAACUAUAUGAUUUCCUACAGCUGGACUAAAAACGAAGAUGAAAAGGAGAAGACUUUCACCAAGGACAGUGACAAGGACCUGAAAGCCAUCAUUAGCCAUGUCUCACCUGACAUCCUUUAUCUGUUCAGAGUUCAAGCAGUGUGCCGAAAUGACAUGCGUAGUGACUUUAGCCAGACAAUGCUUUUCCAAGCUAACACAACUCGAAUUUUUGAGGGGACCAGAAUUGUAAAAACAGGAGUGAGUAAUGAGCAGAAUGGAAAGAGAAAGAGAAAGAAAACAAAAGGAAAAACGGCCCGAGGUAGCAUAUCAGGUACCCCUACUGAUGCUCUCUCUGCUGUGUUUUCUUCCCUUGCCCCUCCUGGUGACCUCUUCAAGCCUACAGCUUCUCCUGCUUCCUCCGCUGACAUGGCUCCCAUCAGUUCUGGAUCUUCUACCUGGACUUCCUCUGGCCUUCCCUUCUCCUUUGUUUCAAUGGCAACAGGAAUGGGACCUUCCUCCAGCGGGAGCCAAGCCACGGUGGCUUCUGUGGUGACCAGCACGCUGCUUGCCGGCCUGGGCUUUAGCGGUGGCGGUAUUUCCUCUUUUCCUAGUACUGUGUGGCCGACCCGGCUUCCGACUGCUGCUUCUACCAGCAAACAGUCAGCCAGGCCCGUGCUCGCUACCACGGAGGCUUUAUCUUCCCCAGGACCAGACAGCGAUUCCACCCUCCCAAAAGACAAUGACGGAGCGGAGGAAGGAGAAAAGGAUGAGAAGAGCGAGAGCGAGGAUGGCGAAAGGGAGCACGAAGAAGAGGGAGAAAAAGAAUCAGAAAAAAAAGAGAAAAGUGCAGCGACGGAGGCUGCCGAGGUACAAAAUAACACCGAGUCCGCGCCCGCCACUGUUUCCCCCAAUAGGACUGCGGAAAAGGAAGGAAAUAAAACCAUACCUGGUCAAGAGCAAAACCAAAACGUUUUCCCAACAGAUAGGAGCCCCGAAGAAGGGAGCACGACCGAAACAGAUACCCAGCCCCAACCCCUCCCUUCCACCCAAGUGCCACCAGCAUUCACAAACGAACAUUACCUAGGGCAAAUCCCUGGGAGACCAGAGACAGCAUCAUGGAAACCUUUUCCUAAAGACGACAGGUUUCUGGAGGAAAAUCCGUCAGAUAACAAGUUCAUCACCAUAAACCCAGCAGACAAGAACAGCUCCAGUAUGGCCACCAGACCGUCCGGCAAAAUGGAGUGGAUCAUCCCACUGAUCGUGGUUUCGGCCUUGACCUUUGUGUGCCUCAUACUCCUUAUAGCUGUGCUCGUGUACUGGAGAAAGUGUUUUCAGACUGCUCAUUUCUAUGUGGAGGACAGCAGCUCGCCUCGAGUGGUCCCCAAUGAAAGUAUUCCCAUUAUACCUAUUCCAGAUGACAUGGAAGCCAUUCCUGUCAAACAGUUUGUUAAACAUAUCAGUGAACUGUAUUCAAAUAACCAGCAUGGAUUCUCAGAAGACUUUGAGGAAGUGCAGCGCUGUACGGCCGACAUGAGCAUCACGGCAGAACAUUCCAACCACCCCGAUAACAAGCACAAGAACAGAUACAUCAACAUUUUAGCAUAUGAUCACAGUAGGGUGAAGCUAAGGCCUUUACCGGGAAAAGACUCUAAGCACAGCGACUACAUUAAUGCUAAUUAUGUUGAUGGUUACAACAAAGCAAAAGCCUACAUAGCCACCCAGGGACCCUUAAAGUCGACAUUUGAAGAUUUCUGGAGGAUGAUUUGGGAGCAAAAUACCGGAAUUAUUGUCAUGAUCACAAACCUUGUGGAAAAGGGAAGGAGGAAAUGCGAUCAGUACUGGCCCACCGAGAACAGCGAGGAGUACGGCAACAUUAUCGUCACGCUGAAGAGCACAAAAGUCCAUGCCUGCUACACCGUCCGCCGCUUCACGGUCCGAAACGCCAAGAUGAAGAAGGGUCAGAAAGGCAACCCCAAGGGGCGGCAGAACGAGAGGACGGUCAUCCAGUACCACUACACCCAGUGGCCCGACAUGGGCGUGCCGGAGUACGCGCUGCCGGUGCUGACCUUCGUGAGGAGAUCCUCCGCAGCCAGGACCCCGGAGAUGGGGCCCGUGGUCGUGCACUGCAGCGCUGGUGUGGGCAGGACUGGCACCUACAUUGUGAUCGACAGCAUGCUGCAGCAGAUAAAAGACAAAAGCACAGUCAAUGUCCUGGGCUUUCUGAAACACAUCAGGACCCAGCGCAACUACCUCGUCCAGACAGAGGAGCAGUACAUUUUUAUUCAUGAUGCCUUGUUGGAAGCCAUCCUUGGGAAGGAAACGGAAGUGUCUGCAAAUCAGCUGCAUAGUUACGUUAACAGCAUCCUCAUACCUGGAAUAGGAGGCAAGACACGACUAGAGAAACAGUUCAAGCUGGUUACACAAUGUAAUGCAAAAUAUGUGGAAUGCUUCAGUGCUCAGAAAGACUGCAACAAAGAGAAGAACAGGAACUCAUCAGUUGUGCCGUCUGAGCGUGCGCGAGUGGGCCUCGCACCCUUGCCUGGAAUGAAGGGAACCGACUACAUUAAUGCCUCUUACAUCAUGGGUUACUACAGGAGCAAUGAGUUCAUCAUCACCCAGCACCCUCUGCCCCACACAACUAAGGACUUCUGGCGAAUGAUCUGGGAUCACAAUGCGCAGAUCAUUGUCAUGCUGCCAGACAACCAGAGCUUGGCAGAAGAUGAGUUUGUGUACUGGCCAAGUCGGGAGGAGUCCAUGAACUGCGAGGCCUUUACCGUGACCCUUAUCAGCAAAGACAGACUGUGCCUCUCUAAUGAAGAGCAAAUUAUCAUCCAUGACUUCAUCCUUGAAGCUACCCAGGAUGACUACGUGCUGGAAGUGCGCCACUUCCAGUGUCCCAAAUGGCCAAACCCAGACGCCCCCAUAAGCAGUACCUUUGAACUUAUCAAUGUAAUCAAGGAAGAGGCCUUAACGAGGGAUGGCCCCACCAUUGUUCACGAUGAGUACGGAGCGGUGUCGGCGGGAACGCUGUGUGCCCUCACCACCCUGUCGCAGCAGCUGGAGAAUGAAAACGCUGUCGAUGUUUUCCAGGUGGCAAAGAUGAUCAAUCUGAUGCGGCCUGGAGUAUUUACAGACAUUGAACAGUACCAAUUUCUUUAUAAAGCGAUGCUCAGCUUGGUCAGCACUAAGGAAAACGGAAACGGCCCCAUGACACUGGACAAAAACGGUGCUGUGAUGACCAACGAUGAGUCGGAUCCGGCAGAAAGCAUGGAGUCUCUUGUCUAAUUGGACCCCUGAAAAGGCACUUACUUUGUAGAACUUCUGGAGACUGAGUGAACUUUUUUGAGGCCUUUUUUUGCCAGACUCUAGGUUAUACAAUAACCCAAUUACUUUUUUACACUGAUAAAAGUUUUGAUAUUUAUUUUUUGCCAUUUUAUGUCUUAAUGGUAUCCUACUGAGCAUUUGCACCUCUGUUUAUUUCACACAGUGAAACGCAAUUUUAUCUAGUUUGCACUAUAUGAUCAGUGUUACUGCCUAUAAUAUUCUAAUACAAAAGCAAGCCCUGAUGUGACAUUCCAUGACAACAAGCAUAUGCUACUUUUUUAGUUUCGAUGCAGUGAAGUUUUGUUAACGGUGACCCCUGAAUCUUAAAUCUUAGAUGCUAGACCCGAUGGAUUCUGACUACAAGAAAUACUGUUUCCCUUCAUGCUCCUAAUAUUUAUUGUUUUAAUCUUCAUUUCACGUUGGUCAUUGGUAUAGGUCUUCUGCAUGGCAGUAGAGUGGAUGAGCAAUGUUCAUCCUUUCUUGACAAAAUGUGUUAGGUGAUUACUAGCUACAGUUGAGAUGGACUAGCCAUGGGGAGCUGAAGCAAUUGCUUUUGUACUGUUUCAGAUCCCUGUUCUGUGUACUGGAAGGCUUAAAAAUUGCUUCACAUGGAACACAGAAAAAAAUGACAUUAGAAAACAUAAAACACAACAACUCAUACUGGGACACAGUCAUGGAUUUCGAAUUUACGGCUUCAGGAAGAAAUGUCAAUUUUAGUUUUUAAAACAGCCACGUGGCAGGAAAAUGCCGUGAUUUUAUUUCCACCCUAGCUAAUACAGUGAAAACUAUGCUACAACCUACAAUCAGGUCUGCUUUCAGAGACGUGACGGUAGCAAUAUUUCACAUUACUAAGCUAUUCGAUAUUUCAAACAUUAAUUUCCUUACGCUUUCUUGAACGUGACCUCACACCUAAUGGUAUGUUACAUGAUGAAGACAGGCGUUUCUUAAUUUCAUAACUGUUAGAUGCCAUUUUUACAGGUGUGUAAUUUUCAUACUCUAGUGCUAAAACAAAGUACUGAUCCAUAUUUACUGGUGAAGCAAACUAAUAAAAAACUACCUAUAAAGUUACAUUCUUCCUCUUUUUUUUUUUGUUUUUUUUUUGGCUAAACUAACUGUUCAGUUCAAAGCUUUUGAUUCCUUGCUCAUUCCCACACAAAUCAAACGUUCCCUCAAAAACGAGGGGGCUGAAAUAAUUUGGUUAUCCUCUUGAACUGUUAGGUGCACUUCCCUUAUUAGCUCCCCUUUUGACAGCGUUAAGGUCCCUGGUUAUCAGCGCCUGCUUCGAGUCAGAGCUAAAGACAUCCUUGGCAGCUGUGCUAAAUAGCAAACAGGAUUGCUGAAUCAGGCCCCUUCCCGUCGAGGUGUUAUUUUGGAUGUUCUGGAGCAUGGGGUAGAUGUAAAGGCGCUGUCCCUCAUCUAUGGGAUGAUUUUUCUUUAGUCUUACAUUUCAGCUAAACCCAGAGGGCACUGUAAGGUUGCAGGACUCUUCAGCAAUAUUAAAGCAUAUUUUUCAUCUAGUUUUUGACACAAUUUUUUUUUUUCUGUUUCCAGUAGGACCUCCCUGGGGCAUAGGCAUCUGCAAGACAAAAAACGCUUCUUCCAUUGGAGAAUUGCAGACUGCAUUUUGGGGCAGAGCAGUCAGCUAGGAAGGAGCGAGGGGUGCUGUGCAUUAAAAAAAAUGUGAAGGGUGCCCAUUUGGAGCCAGGCGCUCAGCUGUUGUAAAUCGAUAGAGCCUCGCUGACAUCAGUGGAGCAAUGCCAGUUUACUCCAGCUGAAGACCUGACCCUGUAUUUUUAAUGCUGGAAAGAUUUCUUCCGUGCACCUCUCCCCCCUCAACCAGGCAAACCAACUAUGGAAGGAUUUCACCAGUAACCAUCUAUGGAUUUAUCUGAAUUUGCUUAACUAUUUGAUACUACCGGUCCCUAAUACUAGCCGAUGCUAAGUAGCAAUGCAUCACGCACCAUGUUUUCAGCACCAAGGAAUCUAAUUCAAUUCAGUAAGAUAAAUAGCAAGGUGAAUCACGAUGCUUUAGCCCUCCCAUUAACACCAGCAUGAAGACAGCCUGGCUGUGACAGGUUAGCCCGUCUCGGAUACUGUAGGAGUUUAGGCUGGCUCUCCAGUUGCUGAGUGGCAGUGGCGGAGGUUAUUCAAGCACAGUUCCCAUGUUGCCGUCCUCACUGCUUAGUCUGGGGCUGAAACGUUUCACCGGGAGGUGAAUUUACCAGCCCGCGUUGGCGACAGAGGUUUCGGUGCUGGCAGCAGUGGUUGUGCCAGGGCCCAGAAGGACUCAGAUGAACUCUUAUCAGUUCACACCUGAAGUAUUUCGGUUGCUGGGUGGGGUCGUCACCCCAUUCACGAGAGGAACCGGGUAGUUUGAACAUUUGUGGAGAGAGGAAUUUGUUCAGCGCACCUAGGAAUGAGUUCCCUGCCGUUUCAGUGCGUUUUGAGGGCAGAAGAAGAUGACCCUGUUAGUGACGCUUUGCCUGGCUUUUCUCGCCUUCUCUUCCUUGCCUUCGCACCAUGUGUUAAGUCAAAUGAGGGAAGGCUGCAGGGUUGAACGCUGGUAAAGGGUGGACGUUUGUGCAUUGGCAUUCUCCUGCACCUGC